AUGUUUGCUCCUUCUUCAUACUCCUUUAAUCAACCACAGUUUUCAUCGACUUAUUCCUCUUUUCAGUCAGCUUAUCCGAGAUACCAACCAGCUACCCAACAAGCCAACUUCGGAUGUGCUUCCAACUUUCCUAUUGAGGUCGGUGGCGCUGUCUGUGGAGAGGGAGCCGGAUUUGUGAAUCAGCAGGGAUGUAGUAUGGUGAAUACUCGAAAUGGACCGUGCUACUUUUGUUGUUGUAAAGGUGGCAGUUGUAAUCAUCCGCAGGUGUUUGCCCGUGAAGCAUCCAAAUUACCCAUCAACCAGCAACAAAUGCAAACUUACAACCCAACAGCCUAUAAUCCAUACUCCGGACAAAACUAUUACCCGUUUCAGUGGUAUAAUACGGCUUCAACACCUUCUAACCCAUUCUUCCUUAUCGCUAUUAUUCUGAUAAUUUUUUUGGUGCUAGGAUUCUCUGCUUGA